CUGUCGGCAGCACAUAAUAUUGUGAUCCCAUAUCUGGUCGUGGAGACAAGUCCCAGCUUCUCCUUCUCAAAUGGGCCCCGUCGCCUAGCGUCUAACCCCCAGAGCCAGGCUCCUGAGGACAUCACAAGUCGGAAUACAGGGUUUAUACCAUCUUAAGGAAAACAAGGUUUGAAACAUGGCAUCCAUUCCAUCAAGUGGCUCUCUUGUCGCAACCCAUGACUAUUACCGCAGACGCCUGGGAUCCACCUCCAGUAACAGCUCGUGUGGGAGUGUGGACUACUCUGGAGAGGUUAUUCCUCACCACCCAGGUCUUCCAAAGUCCGAUCCUGGUCACUGGUGGGCCAGCUUUUUCUUUGGUAAACCAUCACAUCUCACCAUGACCACUGUUUCAGAAUCCCCAGAGAACUCAGGAAGCUUUCGCAUGACCAAUGGCCUGCUCCCAUGUGGCCUGGCUCAGGAGACAGUGAGGAAGAACAAUAUCAGUGACACCAAGACUGACUCCAGCGCCUCUGUCUGACCCCUUCAUGCAUUCCCCUCCUCACUGGAAGACGCUGGGUGGCGGAGCCCAAUCCCUCCCCCACCCCUCCCCCUCUAUUAUAGACUGCUCCCAUUGCUUUAGUCAUCCUUUUUGUUUUAUUAAUAUAACAAAUAAGCUGUUUUUGCUACAUUGGUCAUACUGAAACAUUCUUAAUUGUUUGGUACCUUGCCUUAUGAGGCCUUUUUUUUUGUACUUGUGUAAUAAAGGUGGGCAGUCUCAA